AUGGCUGCGGGAAAAAGAGGGCAUUUAGUCAGAGAGUGCCCUGCUAAGAGCGAGAAGAAGUGGUGUAACUAUCACAAAAGUACAACACACUCGGAUAGCACCUGCAGAAGUCAGCAAAAGAGGAAAGACCAAGCCAAACAGGUGUCGGAGAAAGAAAACACUUCUAAGGAUGAACAUUCAUUUGCAUUCAAAGUUAACAACGAAGCAACAGCGAAAAUCAAUCGAAUGGGAAUGUUGGUUGACACAGGUGCCACUUCUCACAUUGUUACUACUGAUAUUUUAAAGCAAAUAGACAUGACAUUUAAACCAUCAAAACAUUACAUCGAACUGGCUGAUGGCACACGAGCCAGUAAUAUUGCAUUGAAACGAGGGGAUGCUGAAGUGUUUCUGAAAGAUACAAAUGGAAAAUGUGUGAAAACGGUGCUGAAAAACGCCUUAUAUAUACCAUCCUAUCCUCAAGAUAUUUUCUCAGUGAAGGCAGCCACAUCAAAUGGAGCCGAGCUUCGAUUUGCCCAAGAUACUGGUGCGCUAACCCUUGAAGAUGGUACCAUUGUUGAAAUUGAAGAACAUGGACGGUUGUACUAUUUGACUUCCAUAGACAGUCAUGAGAACGAUAGCGUAAGUGAAGUAAAUAAAGUAAAUCUCUCGUAUGAUAUUAACACAUGGCAUGAAAUCCUAGGGCACUGCAAUUUUGAAGAUAUUAUAAAACUACAGGGGGUAGUUAAGGGCAUGAAAUUCUCAGGUAAAAUUGAGUCAUCUAAGUUAGGUUGUAAUACAUGUGUAGAAGGAAAAGUUGUAAACAGCAGGAGUAGGAUUCCUGAUGCAAGAUCUCAAAAAUCAUUGGAGAAAGUGCAUGUGGAUUUGGCAGGUCCAGUUUCUCCUGUAUCAAGAGAGGGGGUUAAGUACUGCAUAGCUUUUACUGAUGAUUUCUCAGGAGCAGUAUUUGUUUACUUUCUGAAAUGUAAAAGUGACACCUUUGUAGCAACAGAGAAAUUUCUAGCAGACAUCACUCCUUAUGGCAAGGUAAGUUGCAUCCGUUCUGACAAUGACUCAGAAUUUACAGGUAAGGCGUUUCAAACACUACUAAGGGAGCGUGGCAUAAAACAUGAAACUUCUGCUCCCUACUCGCCACACCAGAAUGGCACCGCCGAAAGGCACUGGCGCACAUUGUUCGAAAUGGGAAGAUGUCUUCUUCUUCAAUCAGGGUUACCCAAAACUUUCUGGCCCUAUGCAAUUCAAACCGCAGCUCACAUUAGGAAUAGAUGUUUUAACAAGAGAACAAAGACAACACCCUACUUUAGCCUUACUGGGAAAGUACCUGAUCUUUCUAAAAUGUGGAUCUUUGGAUCUGAAUGUUUUGCUCACGAACAGGAGCAUAAGAAAUUAGACUCAAGAUGCAGCAAGGGGGUAUUUGUGGGAUACGACAAAAAUAGCCCUUCUUACCUGGUGUACUACCCAAAAAAUGGGAAAAUCAUGAAACAUCGACUCAUUAGAUUCAUCAAGAAAUGUAGUGUAGAACAGCACACACAAACUGAUGAGUCCAGGCAGGGAUUGUGA